UAGUUGUGGUACGCAUAAGCUAGCCCGGACAUCCCGGGUUAUCAAAAAAAAAAUGUUUGUAACACACGAACUAAUAAUCUCUAAAAAGCAAACCCAACUAAGCAUUCUUCUUCAAUACUUUGGUGUCCAACACUCCCACGUUAACAAUUGGGAAGGAUGUCUCGCAUGGCUCUCCUGGACGGGCGGCCUGCAGCAUCUUUUGCUGCGCUUUACUUCUUCCAUCUAUAUUUUCAUGCUCCAUACUUUUUGGCGGUAAGUUGCAUGAAUUGGCCAUUAUUUUCUCGCUAUGGAGCUUCAGGUCGUACCCAAUCACCAAGAGCUGAAAUGAUCGCCAAUCUAUUCAAGCCUGUGUCUAAAACUGCAGAUGAAGGAAUGAUCAGGUCAUUCCUGAUAGCAUGCGCACUGCGUACUGUCAUUGACAACAAAAUUUGUCAUCCAAGAAAUAAUGACUUCUACAUUUGUGCUCAUGCUGGGAUGAUUGUGAGUUGGGAGCAGCUCGGCCUGCAUAUUCCUGCAGAUGACGAGCUUGGUUUUUCUGCAGAUGAUUUGCAAUAACCUGUGCAUUCCUUGUCAUAUGUGAAGCAAGAUUUCAUGGAAAUAGGACAUAAUUAGCAAAUUCAAUUCUGUAUAUAACAGUUCUUGAAGCAAGCAGAAUGAUUAUUGCAAGGAUUUUUUCGUUUAUCUUGUGCUGUAAUCACUGGUUAGAACUGGAAAUCAGCUACUCUCCAAUUAUAUUCGCUCAUGAAAGCAGUUCAAUGCUCACAGUAAUUUGGUCAGGCUAUUAUUUUUCAAACAAGAGUAAAAGUAAUUUCUCCCUGCAAGUUUAGAGUGAAACUGGAAAUCAUUAAUUACUUGCGUUUUGUUGCAGCAAUCCAGCUAGCUUCGUCCUCACAUUAUUAUUAUUAUUAUUAUUAUUAUUCAUUAUAUUUAUAGAUAGUACAGAAUCUUUUGAAUUGUAACAGAGAGAUACAAUGAGAUAAGAAGAGAUAAGUUCAACUUCGAAUAGAGAUAAACAUGAUAUUAUCUGGUACUAGCAGAAUUGACAGAAAGUUUAUAGCUAACAAUGCCCACGUGGCAGCGACCCAGAUCGACGAUUUUAUCAAGUUCGAUGAAACGACAUACAUGUAUUCGAGUCUUGGUGGGACAUCAUUUAUUACUGGACAUUAACUGCACAUCAGACCCGAUCUAAGAUUUAAUAAAUUACGAGUUUGAAAUAUUUAUUUAGAUUUUAAAAAUUUACUCAGAUUUUUUUUUUUUUGUC